AUGCCUGCCGCACACAUCCCUGGCCUCAGCGAGAAGAUCCGUUCUCUUAGACGCCCUCAAGCCACUGAAGUCUUCUACUCUUGCAGCCAGCAGGAAUGGGACGUUCUGUGUCAGCAGACCCUCGUCGACCGAACCAGAGCUGCCGCCACACGCACUCUCAUCAAGAAGAGUAAGGCAGGCGUCCUCCACGAGACUGCCAAGGGAGAACCAGCACAAGUAAAGUGCUCUGGUUGCAAGCCCGGUACCAAAAGCGAGGGUUUCCCUUGUUACUUGAAGGCAAACAGCACUGCUGUCACCUGCGGUCAUUGCAACUACCACAAGAGAUCAAAGUGUGAUGCUCAGCGCGCUCCUACUGGUUCCUUCAACGACCUUGCUUUCAGCCCCAUCUUCACUACAAUUGAUGAAUCCGGCGUUAUCGCUCCCUACGACCCUCUUCUCGCGCCUGCUGCUGCCCCUGUCGAAAUGACAUAUCUGGAAUGGUUGCAGGCCGAGUACAACGCAGAGUUGGCUCGUCUGAACCACGAGGUGGACAUGGGAUGGUACCAACAGUAG